UCAGUCUUAUGAUGCCAAGGUAAAAUAAGGAGAUGCCUUCUAUUACAAAACAUAGGCACAUCUCCACCAAUUUCAUAAACCUGGUGCUGUUACUAACAGUCCUUUCCUUGCUUAGCCCCGCAACUGAAGCUCAACAGCAUAGAAUUGGAAUCCCAUCCUGUCCAAACACCACCACUUUCACCAUAAACAGCACUUACCAAGCCAACCGUGAUACCCUUUUGUCUUCGCUAUCGUCUAAUGUUACCCGUGGCGUUUUUUUCUACAACACAACCGCAGGGAAUAGCUCUGACAUGGUAUACGGUCUUUUCCUCUGCCGUGCGGAUAUUUCUACCAGCGCCUGCCAAGCUUGUGUCACCUACGCCGCCACCCACAUUUCCCGACGUUGUCCCCUCGACAAGACGGCGGUGGUUUGGUACGAAGAAUGCUUCCUACGCUACUCGAACCGAAACAUCUUUUCGGUUGUGACUGAAACCCCUACAAUUUACUUCUUGAGCGGUAGGUCUUCGAUUGUGACUAUCUCCGAGGAAGACCGUUUCGAGAAGUUUGUUCUGAAGGUGAUCAAUGAAACUAUAGCCAUGGCGGAAAGUAGACCGGUAGGUGUUUCAAAAUACGUGACUAGAGUUGAGAAUAUAUCUAGUUUUCAAACACUGUACAUCAGGGUCGAUUGUACACCGGACUUAUCAGGUGCGGAUUGCGGUAGAUGUUUGCGACGAGCCAGAGCAUAUAUUCCGGCUGGACGGCAAGGUGGAAGAGCUUUCAAUCCAAGCUGUAGCGUCAGAUAUGAAUUUAACCCCUUCUUUAAUCUAACCGCGGUUGCAGCUCUUCCAGCUAAAGGGGGAGAGAAACAUAUCAAAUUAAACCGAAUUCGAAUACUCAUUACAAGUUUAUCGGUGAUAUUUGGGGUAGCUGUGGUUUUUAUCUCUGGUUUCUUUAUAUGGAGGAGGAGAAACAGUGAAGACAAAGAAAAUAUCCACGAAGUUCAACUGCUAGACUUGGAAAAUGAGCACUCAAAGGAAACUUUUAGUGGAGAAAAUUGGGAGAGGUCUCAAGAGUUUCCUUCUAUACAAUUGGAUAUUCUACAUGCAGCGACAAAUCAUUUUUCUGAUGAAAAUAAGCUCGGAGAGGGUGGAUUUGGUCCUGUAUACAAGGGUACACUAGCAAAUGGUAAAGAAAUUGCAGUUAAACGGCUGUCAAGAACUUCGGGUCAAGGGCUUGUUGAAUUCAAGAAUGAAGUCCUGUUAAUUGCUAGAUUACAACAUAAAAAUCUUGUGAGACUCUUAGGAUGCUGCUUAGAGAAAAAUGAAAAGUUGCUUAUAUAUGAAUUCAUGCCCAACAGAAGCCUAGACGUCUUCCUGUUCGAUUCAAAUUUGGCUACACAAUUGGAUUGGCAAAAACGGUUCAAUAUUAUUAAAGGAAUUGCCCGAGGUAUUAUGUACCUACAUGAAGAUUCUCGCCUCAGAAUUAUACACAGAGACCUUAAAGCUAGUAAUGUUUUACUAGAUCAUAAAAUGAAUCCGAAAAUUUCAGACUUUGGUAUGGCAAGAAUUUUUUGUGAAGAUAUAAACCAAGCAAACACCAAUAGAGUAGUCGGAACAUAUGGUUAUAUGGCUCCUGAAUAUGCUAUGGAAGGGCUCUUUUCUAUCAAAUCUGACGUUUUUAGUUUUGGAGUACUUUUGUUGGAGAUAAUAAGUGGAAAAAAGAACAAUGGUUUUCAUCUUGCAAAGCGUGGUGAAAGCUUGCUAACUUUUGCGUGGAAACUAUGGUCCAAGGGUGAAGGAAUAGAACUAAUAGAUCAACUUCUUGUCCCCUCGUGUGUGGCAUCUGAAGUGCUUAAAUGCAUUCAUAUUGGGUUAUUGUGCGUGCAGGAAGACCCAUCAGACAGACCAACCAUGUCAUCUGUGAUUUUCAUGUUGGCAAGCGAUGGUACCAUAAAGCUUCCUCAUCCAACUGAACCAGCAUUUUCUGUUGGACGUGUUGUUACAAAAUCAAUUGAACCCAUUUCAAGUGAGGAAGUCUUUUCAGUUAAUGAGAUUACAGUUUCUAAUUUCUCACCUCGCUAAUUUGAUCGUUGUUUUAGACAUUCAAGCUGAUGUAAAAGUUUUACAUUUUUAUUUUCUUGUCUAAACCAGCAAAUCUAAAUCCAAUUGAUGCAAUGCAUUUGAAAGGAAUUACUUCAAA